AUGUCAUUGUAUACAUAUAUUUUGAAAUCUACAACAACCGAAACAAAGAAAAGAAAAUCUAUGCCCAUGACAGACACAAGUAGUCAAGAAAUCGAUUCAUUAUUAUUAUCCAAUGGUAAUAACGAAGAAACUCAAUCGACAACACUUUCUAAUCGUCGAUCACAACGACGACGAACAAAUGUUCAAUCAAAUAUGCGAAGUAGUUCUUUAACAACAACUAUAUUAAAAGAAAACAGCUGUGAUAAUGAAUCGAUACUAGAAACAAUAAAAGAAAAUAAUAAUCAACCACAGCAACAACAAGAAAAACGUUGUUCACCUGUUAUUACAGAUACGCUUGUAUUUAAAACAUCAAAAUUAAAUCCAAAAUCAUCCUUUUGGACAGUGACUGAUCGACAAGCCGAAUGGUAUAAACUCACUAUACCAGUCAAUCAACCAACGAAUAAUAAUAGUAAUAAUAUAAAAGAAUCAUUAGCAGUGCCCUGCCGAUUGCUACCACAUGUAAUAGAACGAAAAAAAUCAAAUUUAAAUAUCAACGAUCAAAAUGAAGAAAUUCUGUAUGUAUCCAUGAAUGAAAUUUUCCUUUCGUAA